AUGUUCAGUUUGGAAAGGAGACUAUGCUUCACUUUUACCACUUCUAGUAGAAUAUUCACAAGAAAAACAAUAAGAGGAUCCACAUCCUUUUUUGUUACGCCUCUUAACGCUUCUCAACGAGGAUGUACAUCUAUACAAGAUAAGAGUGAAACUCCAAACCCCUAUCUUCUUCUUGGGGAUUCCUGCAGUAAUGUGGAAGUACGAGCGUGGAUUAAAGGUGUGGAGGUGGAACGUUCUGCCCAUGAACAAUUACUACAACUCUCACGUAUGGGAGAUGUCAUUCAACAUCCAAUUGCCGUUAUGCCGGAUGUUCACACAGGACAUGGGGCUACUGUAGGAACUGUUAUUCCUACCACACAGGCGUUAAUUCCCUCAACGGUUGGUGUAGAUAUUGGAUGUGGAAUGAUUGCUGUAAAGACAAGUCUUACUCAAGAAGAUCUUCCUAAUUCUCUUGCCGGUUUAAGACUUGCCAUUGAAGUGGCAGUCCCACAUGGACGUACACAUAAUGGGAGAAGUAAUUUAGAUGCGGGUAGUUGGCGUGGUGAAGUACCAAAGGAAGUAGCGGAGAUUUGGAAAAGUCAUCUGCAAAAAGGGUUUGAAGAAAUAUGUAGUAUGCAUAAACAAAUUGAAUCCAGUAAUCACAUCACUCAUCUUGGUACACUUGGUGGAGGGAAUCACUUUAUUGAACUCUGUGUAGAUGAUGAUAUUAAUAAUAAUAUCGGACGACCACAUAUUUGGAUAAUGCUACAUUCCGGUUCUAGAGGAGUUGGGAAUCGUAUUGGUAGUAUAUUUAUUGAACUUGCUAAAAAAGAUAUGGGAACACAUCUUGUAAAUCUACCUAAUGUUGAAUUAGCGUAUUUGCGAGAGGGUUCUGAACACUUUGAUCAAUAUGUAAAGGCUAUUGAUUGGGCACAAUCAUAUGCUAAAUGGAAUCGAGAAAUUAUGUUACAAGAAGUAGUAAAAGCGAUGCGAAAUUAUCUUGGUUUACCUUUUACAAUGGAUAAAAUGGCUAUUAACUGUCAUCAUAAUUAUGUUGAACGAAUAGAAUUAAGUCCAUCUAAACAUGUUUGGCUUACACGUAAAGGAGCUACAUCUGCACGUUCUGGUGAAUUAGCCGUCAUACCUGGUAGUAUGGGUGCUAAAAGUUAUAUUGUACGUGGAAAAGGAAAUCCACAUAGUUACUUUUCUUGUUCACAUGGUGCGGGAAGACGGUAUAGUCGUGGUGAGGCAAAACGACGCUUUACACUUGAGGAUCACGAAGCCGCAACUGAACACGUGGAGUGUAGAAAAGAUGCAGAUGUAUUGGAUGAAACACCAUUAGCAUAUAAGAAGAUUGAUGAUGUGAUGCAAGCACAGGAGGAUCUUGUGGAAGUGGUCUGUGCUCUUAAACAGUUACUUUGUGUAAAGGGGUAA